GGUUUCCUUCCUUGAUCGCCUUUCUCAUGACCACAUUCCCCGUUGUUCCUUUUUUGUUUUUCCCUUUGCCCUGACCUGUGCUUGCCUCUACCCGCCGCCUAUGACUCUAUCCAUAUAACACCCCAAGCAUGGAACCUGGGCCGCCUGAGACCAAACGUCCCCGGCUGUUACAGACCGGACCGUCGUGGUCUUCGCAUCAGGCCGUAUCGCUUCCUCACCCUACCGCCGCACAUCACCCGUCGGCACCAGGUCCUCAUCAUCCUGCGCCGCCGCCAUAUCAACAUCCGCCUCCUUUCUCGCGACCUCAAGAACCUCCCUUGCCGCCGGCUCAUCACCACCUUGACGACCGUCGCCAUCAUGAACACGAGCCAUACCCGUCAAUGCAUGAUAUACAUAGACAGCCUCCGCCUCCGCCUCCCUCGUCAGCGCAUCCGCCUUUUUCGCCGUAUCGGGAUCCAGUUGUAAAGAGAGAUCCUGGUGAGGAGAAUUCACUUCCCCAGCUGCGCCGACCAAACUCGACCGGAAACGUUACGGAUAAUCUCCCGCCUGGCCCUCAUGGUCCUCAGCAUCCGAAUCCCCAAGACGAUCCGCGGCGACAUAUGAGUUACGAUAGUGGUCCUUCUAUGCCGCAUUCGCCAGCCAUGUAUAGGCCACCGCCGCAGAAUUACCACCCCCCUCCCCCGACGCCAGUUGCCCAGCAUCCUCAAUAUGAUAAUCCUCACGUAUACGGCCCGCCAACUUCUAUAUAUCCUUUAGAAAUUGCGACAAGUGCGAAGCGAAAAGCUCAACGUGCUUCACAGGUAGUUGGUCCCCUAAGCGAGCAGCCGCAUAUAAACUAACAUGGGACGAUGCUAGGCUUGCGAUAGUUGUAGACAACUUAAAGCUAAAUGCGACGAGACUAAACCUUGUAAGAAUUGCCGGGAAAAAAAUAUCGACUGUAAAUAUCGA